AUGGCCCCAAAAAGACCGAGAGUUUCAGAGUCGCAAUAUUAUACUGAUGAAGAGAUGUUGUCGUCCUCGUCACGGUGGAUUUGUGAGACUGUGAAAGGUUGUCAUGAGUUUAAGAUCGAAGGAUAUUCUCAAGCAAAGGGAAUAGGAGUUGGUAACUGCAUGACUAGUAGCAAAUUCAAUGUUGGUGGUCAUGACUGGGUUAUAGUUUUCUAUCCAGAUGGACAUACUGAAGCUACACAGGAUUACAUAGCCGUGUACCUUUGGUUAGUAAGCCCUGGAGAAGUCAGGGCAACGCUUGAAUGUAAAUUAUUAGACCAAACCGGAAAAAGGAAACAUGGUUAUUAUUCGAUUACUAGAUCUCUAAGAACGUUUAGUACAACAGAGGAUGCCUGGGGCUGGCCAGAAUAUAUGAAGAGGUGGAAGUUGGAGACCUCAAGUUAUCUCAGGGAUGACUGUCUUAGCAUUCAUUUUACAGUCGGAGUACGGGAAACUCGUGUUGAAGACGUGGAACAUUAUGUUAUUCCCGUACCUCCUUCAGAUAUGAGUCAGAAACUCAAGAGUUUGCUGGAAUAUGAAAUUGGUUCUGACAUUACUAUUCAGGUUGGCAAUGAUUUAUUCAAAGCCCAUAAGUCAAUUCUUGCAGCUCGAUCUCCUGUAUUUCGAGCUAUGUUUUUUGGACUAGCGGGUAAUCCAGACAUGGAAAUAGUAGCCAUUGAAGAUGUUGAUCCCUUUGUUUUUAAGGCCAUGUUGUUAUUUUUGUACUCAGAUGAAUUUCCUGAAGCACGUGAUGUUUCCGAUUCAGAUUCUGUUUGCACUUCAACUACAAUUACGCCAUAUUUGUUAGCUGCGGCAGAUCGUUUUGAUCUUUCACGAUUGAAACUCAUGUGUGAGGCAAGGUUGUGUAAAGAAAUAUCUAAAAAUAAUGUCGCAACAACACUGGUUCUAGCAGACCAGUACCAAUGCUUGCAACUGAAAACUGCCUGUCUAAACUUUGCAGCGAAACCGGAAAAUGCCGGAGAUGUUAUGAAGUCCGAUGGGUUUGCAGAUUUGGCGAAGAGUUCUUCCUCGCUGUUGAUUGAUCUUUUCAAGACUAGUGCGGCUGUGCAUAUUGCUGGUGUUGGCGAUUGGGUUCAUUUCAUCGCAGGAUCAUUCUCUGGCUUGCAUGCUCAUAAUCAUCCCUCGCUAUUAACUUAUAAAGGUAAUGAAAUUGUUAAAUUUGUAAAGUUUAGUGUAACUAUCACCAAGUAA